AUGUGUCCCAAAAUUAAGAUCCGCAUCUAAUGAGGCUAUUUUUUAAAUUUCUUGUAUCUUACACUGAAAAUAUUGUUGAUUUUUAGGAUGCCGAAAAUUGGAACAAUGGUAUGGGCUGAAUUGGGGGAGAAAGUGAUGUGGCCUUCAAGGUUUGAGGCCAGUGACGGUGGUUUAUGGGUUUUCUGCAAAUCGGAUAAUGCCUUGGGCUCUCCGAAAGAAACCAAAUUCUUUACAGAUGUGGUUGGAGGACCUGAAGUGGGCUGAACAAGGUGGAUUUGACGUCAAUGAGAGUCAAUCUUCUGAUGAAGAAUCCUGUCUUUCCGGCAUCCAACCUGUCAACGAGGGCCAAUCUUCUGUCGAUCAACCUGGCAUCCAACUAACUGUCAAAGAGGGCCAAUCUUCUGUCGAUCAACCUGGCAUCCAACUAACUGUCAAAGAGGGCCAAUCUUCUGUCGAUCAACCUGGCAUCCAACUAACUGUCAACGAGGGUCAAUCUUCUGUCGAUCAACCUGGCAUCCAACUAAGUGUCAACGAGAGCCAAUCUUCUGUCGAUCAACCUGGCAUCCAACUAACUGUCAACGAGGGCCAAUCUUCUGUCGAUCAACCUGGCAUCCAACUAACUGUCAACGAGGGCCAAUCUUCUGUCGAUCAACCUUGCAUCCGACUAACUGUCAACGAGGGCCAAUCUUCUGUCGAUCAACCUGGCAUCCAACUAACUGUCAAAGAGGGCCAAUCUUCUGUCGAUCAACCUGGCAUCCAACUAAGUAUCAACGAGGGCCAAUCUUCUAUCGAUCAACCUGGCAUCCAACUAACUGUCAAAGAGGGUCAAUCUUCUGUCGAUCAUCCUGGCAUCCAACUAAGUGUCAACGAGGGCCAAUCUUCUGUCGAUCAACCUGGCAUACAACUAACUGUCAACGAGGGCCAAUCUUCUGUUGAUCAACCUGGCAUCCAACUAACUGUCAACGAGAGCCAAUCUUCUGUCGAUCAACCUGGCAUCCAACUAACUGUCAAAGAGGGCCAAUCUUCUGUCUAUCAACCUGGCAUCCAACUAACUGUCAACGAGGGCCAAUCUUCUGUCGAGCAACCUCUGAGAAUUUUAGGUCAAAUGGAGAUAACAUGUUGUUUGUUGUGGGGGAUUGCGUCUAUGGCUUUCCAACUUUUAGACUUUGAGCAUCGCUGA